GUUUCUCGAAGGUCACCAUCCAACACGUCCCCGCCUAUGCUCUCUCUUUCUCUCCAUUCUCCAUCCCGGUUCGAAUUCCAAAUUCCAUUCUGAGUAAGAAGACAGAAACAAACGUUUUAACAGAUACACAGCUAGCAAACACACUUUCUUUAAUUCGGGGGCAAGAAUAUCACAAGCUAUUUUUGUUGAACAUCAUACAAGCUUUCUGGAACCUCCAAGCAUCAGGAUUUUGAGUUGUUGAGGAAGACAACCUCUUGAUAACAAAUCUACAGGUUUCAUACAUCCAGAAGCGGUUACUGAAGGAUGGCACUUGUGAAACAAAAGGGAAACGCCUCGCAACCAAAGGAUUUCACUAAUAUAAUUGGAGAUCAUUGGUGUGCAAGAUCUCCCGAGGCCAUCCUCGCAAACGUAUCUGUUGAGCAAUGGAUCAACGAGAGUCUGCCAUUGGUAAAGACACGAACAGGCGACAUGGAACGCAGCAGGUGCACCAUGUACAAUGAUUCUUAUGCUAAUGGUUCCAUUACUUCCUCCCUUUACUUGAAAAGACAUCCAAUUAAAUGCAAUGCUUGGGAAUAUGAUCUUUCCUUUUAUGAAGCAACGAUCGUGGACAAAUGGAAUCUUGUUUGUGAUCGCGAAUGGAUGAUAUCCAUUACCAAGACCACCUAUAUGGUCGGUUUUCUGCUAUCAUCAAGUUUGAGUGGACAAAUAUCCGACAGGAUAGGACGACGUCGAGUGGUUAUCGGAUGUCUCUUUGUGUUUCUUGCAGCUGCUUUUUUGACAUUACUGUCUGAGAGUUUCUUAAUGUUUGUUAUUCUUCGUUUCUUUAUUGCUCUGGGAAUGACAUCUCUCUUCACUAUUGCCAUCGUCAUAUUUUCUGAAGUAGUGAGCGCAGAAUAUAGAACCCUUUACGGCAUGACCUACAAAUACGGGUGGGCGAUUGCGUAUAUGCUGCUGCCAGGUAUAGCUUGGCUGAUUCCCGAUUGGUUUUGGUUACAACUUGCUAUCACAUUGCCCUGGUUAGGACUUCUCUGCGUUUUCUGGGUGGUUCCGGACACCCCAAGCUGGCUGUUGGCGCAGGGCAAGAUAGAUAAAGCAAAGGAAAUUUUGCUGCGGGCAGCCAAAAGGAAUAAAAAAGACAUAAAUGCAACUAAAGCUGCCCUGGAGGUAUUCCUUAGCCAAAAGACAAAGUCAGAAGAGAAGCAGAAGACAACAGUUUUCGACUUGUUUAAGACUCCAGCUCUGAGGAAAUGCACGCUGAUAAUUUACUUUUGUUGGUUUAUCAUAGGUUACAUCUACUACGCUCUUUCAUGGAACACGAACGAUUUGGGAGGCAAUCCUUACAUCACUUUCUUCAUUUCUGGAGCAGUGGAGGUGCCGUCGGGAUUAAUUUUUCUCUUCAUUAGUAGGGCUAUUGGAAAUCGGAAAGCCCUUUUGAUAGGAAACCUAUUUUCAGGUCUAUGCCUGCUUCUAAUAUCUCUCAUUCCUAAAGACAUGACAUGGCUAACAAUUACCUUCGCAAUGGCUGGCAAGUUUUUUAAUGCCGCUUCCUUUGACAUUGUUUUCAUUUUCACUGCUGAGAUUUUUCCAACUGUGGUUCGAAAUGUGGGUUUAGGAUCAAGUUCCAGCUGUGCUCGAAUAGGAGCAAUGGGAGCACCUUUCAUCCGACAGUUGGGUGAUGUUACACAUCCUCUUGUGCCUCUUCUGGUUCCAGGAGCUUUGUCUAUUAUUAGUGGUUUACUGCUACUUUUGCUUCCCGAAACUAAAGGGGAGAAACUUCCCGACACUUUGGAAGAAGGCGAAAUGUUUUCAAGGAAGCAGAAAUUGCAACUUUCUUCCGACAACGAAGCUCAUGAGGAAACCCAGCAUAGAGAAGUAACGAAAAAUACCCCACAAAACAACUAACCUUCCUUCGGAAAGAAGAGAAGGCUUAAUUUUAAAGCGAUGAGAAGCAUAGAAAAUAAAAAAUCUGACUUUAUAAACUGAUACCACUUUCAAUUUAUUGCGAAGUAAUUCAUGAAAGUUUCAAGGACCUGCAUUUCAAAAAAUGAUCAUCUUUCCAUCUUGUGUUAUUUGCGUUUCAAUUCGAAAGAUUCAGAAAAUUAAAAUACAACAUUAUCUUCAUUGGAAAUUAUGUUUAUUUUAUGGUUGUAUUACUUAAAGAAUGAAAUUUCACCAUAUUUAGUACUUAAAAUUCAUAUUUUAUAAAUCUAUAGGAGUAUUAUUUUUGUACACUAGUAAACAAGAUACAUCGAGUACAAUAAUAAUUAUCAUUUAUCGCUGCAUAGUUUAAAGUGCGUCUUAUUAUUUGCUAUUUGAAAAUGAUCGUCUAAUAUUUUCUGAUACGUAUUAACGUCACACCGUGCUAAAUUCAUAAAUCUAUAGAAUGUUUACUUAAAGUAUAACUGGUUUAAAAGCCUUAUGUUUUGAUAAAAUCGAUUGAAUGAUAAUAGUCUCAUCAAAUAAUUCUUUUAUAAUCAUUCCGGAUGAUGACACAUUCGUUUAGAAUAAAACAUCGAAACAUUAUGGAGACUAAAAACACAAUUCUAAUUGGAUUCAAUCGAUUAGCCCAAAAUUUAUAUGAUGUGUAUAGUGUAGACGAAAACAUUAAUUAGGUAUGGUUGAUUCAACAAAAAUUUAAAUUACGUGGAAUAGAAAGCAAACGUCUAUUGAACGAUCCAGUGAAUCGUACUAAAGCUAAGAAAUUAUUCAGCAGCCAAUGUGCUUAAGCUUCAAAUUCAGUAAAAACUAAAUAAUCCAUUUUCUAACGUGCCCAUUAAAUAUCAUCAAAGGCUAAUGCGGUGGUCGCUGUCACAAGGAAAUAAAAAUGAUUUUUUCUGAACGGAUUUUGUGAGAUUCAUAAAGUUCCAGAAUACAUCUAAUAAUGCUAACCUUUACGGAACUAAAUGGAAUUUUGAAUACAACACAAUCAGCAGUAAUUUCUUAGCAAAUUUAGUUGCAAGAGUUUUUAAUGCUUAAACGUUUUAUUUGUUUUUAUCGCAGUUUUUUAGAAGAUUACCAAAAUAUUCAGAAUUGAAUGUCCUCAAAAUAUUAUUAAAAUUAUAUUUUAUGCUAAAAUUCAAAAUAUGAAACUAUGCGCUGCUACCGGAUUUGGUUAAGUUAAGUUUUUCAGAACGCCCUUAAAUGUCCAUAAAGGCGGCCAGUUUAAUUUUAAAUGAUGAAAUAGCUCACCAGCGACCGAGUAGUAAAAUUCGUCAACUGUGGUAAAUCAACUUUAUCUCGAAUUCAUAACAAAUGAACUAGAUGCGUGUGAAUUUUUCUGGUUUUCCUUAUGUGUAACGCAGGGAUAGGGGCCAAUUUCCUAAGAAGCUUUCGAUGAAAGUAUCCCUCCUCUUAGGCACGUUGCUUUCAGGUGCUUUGAUGUAAUCCAAAUAAAUCUCUUAUAACAGUGUUUUUGUAUUUUAAAUAAAUAUUGACAAUAAAAUGUUUUUAAAAUA